AUGCGCCGGCGCCGCUGCCACGCCCCCCCCCUCCUCCUCCACCGACCGCCAUGGCUCGACAAGCUCAUCGGCCGCGUCCCCCCUCGACUCCGCAUCCUCCCGCUCCCGGCCGUCCUGCUCAUCAGCCUCCUCGGCCUCGCCAACCUCGUGAUCUGGGCCGCCGUCCUCGCCCUCGUGCGGCUGCUGCCGCCGCGCCGGUCCCGCGCCGGGCUCAUCUCCCCAGCGCUGCUCUCCUACACCCUGGGGCUGCGGCACGCGCUGGACGCCGACCACAUCGCGGCCAUCGACCUGAUGACGCGCCGGCUGGUGGCGGCCGGGGCGCGGCCCGUGACGGUCGGGACGUGGUUCAGCCUGGGGCACGCGACCGUCGUGGUCGGCACGUGCGUGGCGGUUGCGGCGACCAGCGGCGCGCUGGAGGGGCGCUUCGAGCGCUUCCGCAGCGUGGGUGGCGUGAUUGGGACGGGGGUCAGUGCUGCGGUGCUGAUCUUGCUGGGGGUGGGCAACGGGUGGAUCUUGGUGAGGCUGGUACAGCGCUUGCGGGCGGUGUUGAAGGAGGAGGUGGAUGGCGAUCGGGCGGCGGCUGCGGAGGAGGAGGGCGCUGCUGCUGCGGCGGCGGCGGUGGGUGGACCGGAUCUGGACGGAGGGGGUGUGCUGAUCAGGCUGUUCAAGAGGGUCUUGAGGUUCGUGGAUCGGCCGUGGAAGAUGUAUCCGCUGGGGGUCCUGUUCGGCUUGGGCUUUGACACGAGUUCCGAGAUUGCGGUCCUGGGCAUUGCGAGUCUGCACGGGGCGCAAGGGACCAGCAUCUGGCUGAUUCUGAUCUUUCCCGUCCUGUUCACGGCCGGUAUGUGUCUCGUGGACACGACCGAUGGAGCUCUCAUGAUGACGCUCUACACCUCUACUUCUCUCGCCCGGGACACGGUUGCCAUCCUCUACUACUCCAUCGUUCUCUCGGCCAUCACCGUCCUGGUGGCCAUUACCAUUGGCACGAUCCAGCUCCUGUCCCUGAUUGCGAACUUCUCGAGCGGAUCGUUCUGGGACGGUGUUGAAGCGGUAGGAGACUACUACGACAUCAUUGGCGGUGCCAUAUGCGGCGCCUUUGCAGUCUUUGGUGCGGCCUCCGUUCUGCUGUAUAAGCCUUGGCGGCGUCGAGUAGGCCGCCAGCCCAGUAGUGGUGCGGUGGAAUCGGUAGAGUUACAGGACGUCGAUGGUAAGGGGGACGAGAAGGCUCUAGCCAAGGUGUCAUCCCGGGAGCUCGAGUAG